AGCCAGAGGCUGCUUCUUCCAGAUGUUCCUGUUGGAGGGGCUGACGAGGUGGAACGAGGACCGGGUGCAGGCGGCAGCCAGCAGGGAGAACAGCGGCAGGAAGUGCUACAGUGGACAGGAUGUGCACACGCUCAACGAGCUCAGUCAGCAUUUCUACCGGUUGAAGCUGGCUGAGAUGUUCACCAGUCCGCUGCUGUACACCGGGGAGCUCAUCGGGAUCAGUUACCUGUACAAGCAGACCGGGAAGACGCUGCAGGAGUUCCCUAAUGACCCAGACGAGCACGGCGGAUGCAAGGAGGAGGAAGAGGAGGAGGAGGAGGAGCAGCAGCAGCAGCCGGACAUCAUGGAGGACACUGUCAAUGAGGGCUUUGAUGAGUUCAGCUUGGACCACCUGGACUCAUUACUGCAGCCUCCUCCUCCUCAGCAGCAGCCUCUUCCUCCUCCUCAGCAGCAGCCUCCUCUUCUUCUUCCUCAGCCUCCUCCUCUGCAGCCUCCUCCUCCUCAGCAGCAGCCUCCUUUUCCUCCUCUGCAGCCUGUGCCCUCCUCCCAGUCGACCUCUGGUGAUCAGGAAGCUGCUGUCAGCAGCUCUACGGUCAGUGUUGGAGCUGACGGAGCUCCUGGUUACCAGCAGGUGGUGUUGCUGGCUCGGUGUCUGGUGGAGCGCUGCAGGAAGGGCUACAUCACCCAGGCUGAGGUGGAGGAGAUUGUCGCUCUGUGGCAGAACCUCCCUGAUGGGGACAAGGGUCCUGUAGUUUAUCCACCUCGCCACAGGAGCCACUUGACAAAAGGGAGGUUCAAGAAGGCCAAGAGCUACGCUCCCAGUGCUGCACCCAUGUUGGGGGUGGAGAGUAUGAAACGCUGCAUGGUGGGAACCGGCAGCGGGCCCGCCAUAUGGCCCGACACCAGCCGGUUGGUGGAGGCCAUCUUCAUCCAGCUGUGCAUCCUCCACCCCAGUAGCAGGAGGACGAUGGGGUGCCUACAGAGCCGCUGGACCCUGGUUUUGAGGGACUACAACACCAUCAGGAUUGUGGUCUGCACCCACCCAGCCCUCAAAACCAGGACCACCCUCCAGCUGUUUGAGGUCAAUCAGCGGACCCUCUCUCAGUGGUAAGACUGUGAGCUUAUUUACACUUUGUGGCAUCACAGGUGAUCAUGUGACUGCAGAAGGAGAGGAGAGC